UUUUCAUUUCGUUUGUAAAUAAAGCAUAUUAGUGGUACAUUUUCUCAGAAAAUUAGCAAAAUGACCAGCAAAAAGGUAAAAGUAGAGGCCGAAGAGGACGAUGAACGUCGUAUGGACACCAAGAGCGGCAGUGAAGAAUCGAGUGAUGACGAAAACGAUGAAGUUUACGAGGGUGACGAAGGAAUUACCGUUGACUUCGAGGGCCGAAAUCCCAUUGAUCCGGAUCUGGAUGGCAUAAAGCAAUUGCUUGGCCAACUGUUUGUGAAAGCGCACAUCGAUCUGGCCGAGAUGGCGGGAGUUAUCAUUGGUCAAAACUACGUGGGAAGUGUCCUAAAGCAAACCUACAACGAUGGUGAUGAAGACGACGAGGACGAUGAUACGGAUAUGGAAGAUCCCAGCCAGGUGGUGUUUGGUGUGACGUCCGUAAUCAAUUUAUCCAACAAGCAGGACUUGACUUGCGUCCGCCAGCUGAAGAAAAUGCUGUUCGAAAAGGCAGAAAAGUAUGCAACCGAACUGGUAAUUCAACAGUUCCGCGAGGCCCUGGAAGGCGGAUCGAAAACGACGGGUUUGCUGUUGAACGAACGAUUUAUCAACAUUCCGGCCGCCGUUUGCGUACCGAUGUGCGAAAAUCUACUCAACGAAAUGGAGCGCGCCCGCUCGAAAGGUAUGCCCUACACUUUCGACUACUACCUGAUGUUCGUGAAAUACUAUCAGCAAGCGGCCGCCGGGGACAAAUCGGCCGAGGUGAUCUACAGCAACGACGAAGAGGAAUACUUCAUCAAGGACUCUUGUGCAAGCUUCGAUUACUCCGUACAGAAGGAAACGACGACCGCUCUGGCUGGUCAGUGGCAGAAGAAGGACGAUGAACUGCAACCAUUCCGCAAGGUGCUUCUAAUCGAGGCGAGCAAACUACCCGGCAUCGUGUCGACCAUAAAGAAUCUGGUCGCAUCGGUCACCGCCAAGUAAGGCAGCAGUGUAUGCAUUUUUCAUUUCAUCUUUUCUCCGCGUGCAAACUAUUUUAGUGAGUGUGUCUAAUCUGUGCUGUAAAACGAAAUAAACGAAAGUUCCUCUCGA